UUUGGAACUUUUGAUCUGUCAACAGAUUCGUGGGGAUCGACUCGAUGGCUGACCAACUGGUGGGGAGACGGAGAGCCCGUGACUCCGGGCCGCUUUCGUCUCAGCGCGCUCUCUGCCGCCAUGACGACUGUAACCCUGACUGCGAUACUCACCUCCCGUUUUCCCUAUCGGCAUCCCCGUCGUAGCAGCAGCUACGGGCACGUUUCACAAACAAUGUCAUGAUCGGUCUGUUCCAGUUUAUAUAACUUCAAAUCUUCUAAGACAUCGUAACUUCACCUGUCGAGUCAUUGUUGAGCCCGCACGCAAACAAUCCCCUUAACGUUCAUGAUGUCAUUGACUUUCACAUUUCUCCAUGACGCAUCCUAACCACAGUUUCGAGUCAACAAUGAGGCUCAUGACACCACG